AAGUGGGCGGUCCGUUUCUCUUUCCUUUUUCAGUCCCCUCCUCGGAAGUAGACGCUUCAGUCUAUAUUCCGUUCGUUUUAUGUUUUAAUAUCGUUUUUUAAGAGCCCCUUCCCUGCGUUUUGGAGAUGGAGGUAAAGGUGGAAGUGUGAGGAGAUGUCCCGCUCCGAGCUGCUCUUUUAUUUGAUCUUAGUUUAACGGGCCGGAUGAUCUCCGAGUCGGACUGCGGUUCCCACAGGCUCGCAGGGGAGGUAGCUGUAUCCAGUGGGGAGGUAGGCUUUUCCAGGGUUCGUGAUGAAAUUCGCCGAACCCUUGGAAGGCCGGAAGCUGUCUUUUCUUCUGGAGAAUGCAGCUUCUAGGGAAGCCAAGCUGUGGAAGGUUUACGUGCCAAAGAAACCAUCCAACCAGGAUACAGAUAUCUCCCCUGCCCAGCGUGACGAGGCAGUGCGAUGGCUGGCUGAUGUGCACCACCAGCUGAAGCUUUAUCCAGAGACCCUCUGUCUGGCCGUCUCCAUCCUCGACCGCUUCCUCUCUGCCAUUAAGGCUCGCCCUAAGUACCUGCGCUGUAUCGCCAUCACCUGUUUCUUCCUGGCCGCUAAGACCAGCGAGGAGGACGAGCGAAUUCCUGCUCUGAGCGAGUUGAUCAGCAGCAGUAAUUGUGGCUGCACUCCCUCAGAAGUCUUGAGGAUGGAGAGGAUCAUUCUGGAUAAACUCAGCUGGGACCUGCACGCCGCCACGCCGCUCGACUUCCUGCACAUCUUCCAUGCGAUGGUGUUCAGCUGUAAGGCAGGGCAUCUGAGCGGCGCGCUGUCCGCACUGAACCGGUCCCAGCAUUUGGCCCUGCUCACCCAGGAGCUGCUGCACUGCCUUUCCCACAAUGCACUGCUGCCGGUGCGUGGCUCAAUGCUGGCCCUCGCCCUCGUCACGCUCCAGCUGGAGAAACUGUGUCCUGAUUGGCUCGCUCUCACCGCUGACCUGCUGCGCAAAGCUCAGAUCGUCAGCUCUGAGCUGAUUGGCUGCAGAGAGCUGGUUGCACGUUGCCUGUCCACCCACACGGCAUCCCUGCCUCCCAACACUGUAUACAUCUGCCACCCGCUGCGCCCCCCUCCCCUGGAGUCUCGGGACGGCCGAGUCUUGCCCCCUUGGCACCUCUCAGCCGUCCCGACGCCGCCCGCUUGCUCUCACAGGGACCGGAGCCCGCCCGGUGACUCCAGCCUGCCCAGGUCCUGCGCUUCGCUGCCGCUCCGGCGGAAGCCCUCGGCCAAGCGCAAAGUGGAGCAGAUGGACGUGGACGAAUACUUCGACGGCAUCAAGCGCCUCUACAACGAGGACGGCCCCCAGGAGAGUGGGUCUUCGCCCUGCCCGGCACUUCAGCCGGUCACCACGUCCUAACGACACAGCCGGGGUCAAAAGAGCAGCUGAAACAUCGCACCUGCAGGGGGUGACACCUCAACAAAGGCCAAACCGCAGUUGUGGCGCUUCCCUCCAGCUCCAGAGCAGAACAGAGCCCAGACUCACUUAUAGUCUAUAUAGUUCAUACGCUGCAGUUCAUUCAUGAGCCUUACUAUAAAAUUAUUUUUAAAAAUGACACAAAAAAAAUCAACAUAAAGGAAAAAUCUCCACAAAAAGUAGCAAUACUUCUCCCCCCCUCUCGUCCCACUUGUGGUGAAAAUCUACCUUUUAUAUAUAUGUGAGUGUUGCCGUUUGUCUCAUUUAUCUGUUUGUGAAUUUUUAAAAUAAUCUUUUGUGUUUUUCCCCUUUACGUCCUCUCAGUGUGCUGCGUCCUUUUUCUCUUCGUCUACAAUGAAGCGCAUGGCACUCCUGAAUGUACGACGUGUGUGGAUGAAUAUUGUUUAUAAUGCCAGGGUUAAAGGAAAUUAGAAUUAAUGGAGAUUAAUACUUAUUUUCGUGUACUAGAUUGUAAUAUAACUUUAUUUAUGAUUUAUUUGUCUUCCCCUCUUUUUCCAGCUCUCUCUUCCUCUCUCCACUGUCGGGUCUCUUUCACUUCAUGGCUCGACCAUUGUUUGAGACGUUUAACUCUGUGUGUGUGUGUGUGUGUGUGUGUGUGUGUGUGUGUGUGUUCGUGUGGCUGUUUGAAGGGUGAUAAUCUCCCUAUCACUUCUCCUAAGAGAGCAUUAACGUGGCAUUAGUGUGAAACGCCAUUCCAUCACGUGGCUGCAGGCGUGGGAGAGCGGUUCAGUGUUUGUUCUGAGACGAUGUAACUGUAGGAUCUUUUUAACACAAAAAAGAAAGAAAAAAAAUGCACAAAACUUGUUGAAAUGCAAGAAAAAAAUUCUUUAGAGCAUCACCAUUCCCUUUCGCUGCUGAUCCUCCCUGCUCUUUCAUCUGGCUCUGUUCUGCUCUGGAGGGCCGAGGGCUGACCAAACUGCUGAAACGUCAAGGCGAAGGUUCAAAUAAAAUAAAACCGUCUACUGCGCGACAA